AUACCUCAUCAAUAAAAAUGGCUGACGUUGCUUUUGUAUUUACCAAACAAAUUGUCUUAUAUUUAAUACAACAGUUUAAUUGAAAACAAAAUACGAUAAACAUGUCGAAUAGUUUGAGUGCAAUUAAUGACAAUUAUUUGUCUGAUUCUUCAGAUGAAGAUGAAGAAGAAGAAGAAGAAAAAAAAACAUUGAGAAAAACUGGUGAAACUUUAUCCGUACCUGAAAGUAUUUUGUCGUGGAAAGGUGUUCCUCAUCAUGAAGAAAAAAUUGAUAAUCCGUCAGAACAUAAUGGAAGGAUUCGAAGUUUUAAACACGAACGUGGCAAUUGGUCAACGUUGAUUUACAUUAAUUAUACAGCGACUGAUGCUAUGCUUUCUUGGAUAAAAUCGAUAGAAACUUUGUUGCCAAAAGACAGCAACAUAUUAUUAGACCAAUUUCAUCUUAGUCUUACUCGAACAUUGGUACUUAAAUAUCACUGGAUCGAAUCAUUUGUUAAAAGCUUGAAAGAAUUAUGUUCGGUAUUAGUAAGAUUUUAUAUCGAGUUUACGGAUAUUAAAGUAUAUUGCAACGAAGAAAAAACUCGUACAUUUCUUGCAAUAAGUUGUUCCAAUACUAUGUUAAAUUUUAUCAUUAAUCUUAUCAAUAAUAUGUUGGCCGAAUAUCAGUUACCACCUUAUUAUGAGGAUCCUUCAAAUCAUAUAAGCAUCUUUUGGUGGAUAGGAGAUAAAGAAGAUUGCCUGAAUAAAGUUCUACCUUCGAUCAAAUCUAAUUUUGAACAAUUUUAUGUUAAUAAUACCGAAGAUAACUACGUAUAUGUUGAUGAAUUACAUUGUAAAAUAGGAAACAAGCUUUAUACAUUUCCAUUAAAAUUGCAUGACCAUAGGUAACCAUUCAUAUGUAAAUGAGUUAAAUUGUAAAACGGAAAACAAUCUUUUUACAUUUUAUUUAAAACACAUCAAUUUUAAUGUAAAAAAUAUAAAUAUUAAUUAUAACUUAAUAAUAAUAAUAAUAUACAUAUGCCUA